CAUCAGUGGAUGCUGAAAUAAAUCACAUGAUGAAUCAGUUAAGUGUUAAUAUUAAGGCCUCAUGCCUAUACAUUGAAACUUUACAGGAAGAAAGCGUUAAUUGUGAUCAUGAAAAUGAUGAGGAAACAGAAGAAUCCGUGCUAAUU